AUGAUGAAUGUCCUUAUUGUUUAUGGGGAAUGUAAAAGAGGAUGUGAAGCAUGUGAUGAAGAAUAUCAUUGUACAAAAUGUAAUUCUGGAUAUUGGUUAAGAAAGUAUUCAUUUGAAGUAAGUUUAUGUGAAAAGUGUCCAACUGGAUGUUUUGAAUGUUCAUCACCAACACAGUGUUCAUCAUGUUCUAAAGGAUAUUAUUUAGACAAUGGAAUGUGUUAUCAAUGUCCUAUUGGUUGUAGUUCGUGUUCUGGUCCUGAUUCUUGUAUUACUUGUGAAAGAAAUUAUGGUAUUGUUGUUUAUAGUGGUUAUAGUUGGUGUAGUCCAUGUACAACAAUUCGUUGUUCUUCAUGCCAAGUUGGAACAUAUUUGUCAAAUGGAUUAUGUUCUGCAUGUCCUAAUGAAUUAGUAAAUGGAGAAUGUAAAGAAUGUCCAUUACAUUGUUUGAGAUGUUCACAUGAUGAAUGUCUUCAAUGUGACACAUCAAGUAUUCUUCGAGAUGGUAAAUGUAUUGAAAAUAUGGAUUGUUUAAUUACAAAUGAAUAUGGAAGUUGUUCUAAAUGUGUUUCAACAAAAGUAUUGAAUUCUGAGACUAGUAGUUGUGAACCAUGUCCAGAUAAUUGUAAAGAAUGUUUGUCUUCAACAAGUUGUAAUGAAUGUAUGAAUGGUUAUGUUUUGUAUAAUCAAACUGAUUGUAUAAAAUUAACAAACAUAAAGUUAGAGUUGAAAAGAUCAAUUAAUUCAUUAAUUCCUCAUUGUGAAAAAGAAACAACUGUUGGAUGUCAGCGUUGUGAUAACAAGUAUUACCUUACAAACACAUUAAUGUGUGAACAUUGUAUUGAAAAUUGUGAACAUUGUAUUGAUUCAACAACAUGUCAGAAAUGUUCUACAGGAUAUAUUUUAAAUAAUAGUGUAUGUGUUAAACAGGGGAAAAAAGGAUGUAAAAUUAUUACACAAAAUGGGGAAAACUGUGCAAUAUGUGAAGAUGGAUAUUUCUAUAAAGAUGGAAUUUGUAAAAAAUGUGAUCCUUCUUGUUUGACAUGUUCUAAAACAAGUUUGUUCUGUCUUCAAUGUGCUGAAAAUUUCUAUUUUGUUUCUUCAAAUAUCUGUUAUAACUAUUCAACUAUUGAAUAUUGUUUAGCAGCAAAUGAAAAUGGAUGCAUAGGUUGUGAGAAUGGAACAUGUAUAACAAAUUAUGAUAGUAUAAAUCUUAAUACAUCUAGAAUUAUUCAUUAUACAAAAAUUAAGAAUUCAAUUUGUGUUUCAUGUGAAGGAGGUUAUCAAGUUAUUGGAGCAGUAUUAUUUUUUAUUAAAUUAAAAAAAGAGGUACAAGUCUUUUUGAUAAAACGGUUAAAUCUAAUGUCUAAAUCUGUACUAAAAUCACUAAUUUACAUUAGUAAAACAGUUUGUAUUUUUGAUGAAAUGAAGAUUGAAAUUUCUAUAGAUAAAGAAUCAAAAAAAAAAAAAAAAUCCUAUUUGUAUUUUGUAUACAAAGGAGUUUAUAGAAACAUUACCGUUGCCAUAAAAAAAGAUGAAAACAAUGAUAUUAAUGAAAUGGAAAAAGGGUUUGAAAUGUUGAUUAAGGUUAUGAAUCAAAAUUACAGAUUCUAUGGAUGUAUUCAAGCUAAUAGAAAUGUUAGUUUUAUGAGAUUAACUGAAUUUAAAACAUUUGGUGAUGUCAUUCAAAAAUAUCAAAAUGAAUUUAAGAAUUAUUAG